AUGGAGUCAUCUUUAUGUUACUCAACAGUAGAGCGCCAUGAACAUGUAGCCACAUGCUUCGAGGGUGACGUUGACACGUUAGACCUAGUCUUGAAUUGGCCCAUCUCUGAGGUGAUUUAUACAGAAGAGGGCAAGGUGCGGGAAAUCGCUCUAUCACGGAGUCAAUCGCAGACACCAGUAUGUGAGAGUGCAAAUGCUACCUACGUCAACUCUGUCGGAUCUUCUACGGAACUCAACAGGGCAAGUGUUCAGAAGAAGAGGCGGACCGAGGCUGACACAAGCGACGUCAUCAUUAGUUCGAAAAGAAGAAAAUCGGAGACCGUAGAAUAUUUCCCUGCCGAAAUUAUAUCAAUGUUGAUAUCGCAAUUACUAACUGCUAAGCCCAAAUGCGCUCUCAAUCUCGUUGCCCCCGAUUGGAACAUGUGUCGCGGUGAAGCCGCUGAGCUUGACAACUCUGUGGCGGCUACUCGAAUCCUGACUUAUACGCGAGGGGUCGGGAUUUCCCGCGCAGGUACACUUUCAUGUCGGUUUACACAUGGUGACAACGACCAUAUCGCAACGCCCAUAGCAUCUUUUGACCCGAGAUUGGUCACACUCGGUGAGGGGUUCACCACUGAGUAUAUACGGUUAUUAUACCGCACCCAUACUCACGUGUUUACUCUUGGUAUUAACAAGCCCAGUAGUGACGCAAUGAUAAUGCUACCUGGGGAUAACUGGGGAAACGUUCAACCUUUCCGUAGUGAAUUGGUAAAGGCUAUCUUGCCAUUCGAUGAUGAACCGACUAACAGCCCGAAAAUGAAGGCGUACCCGACCUCGAGUCCUAUUUAUAAACAUCUUCGAAAUAUUGCGGUUCAUUCCCCACUGAACCUAAUGCAUACAAACGCUAGUGCAUUUGAGAGCAAUAGCAACACCAACAAGGGGUACAAUGCGCUAGAUCGUGACCGGUCUGCUCACCUGUGGCUAUCCUGGGCGCAGAUGCCAAAUCUCGAGAGCGUCUUUCUAGAUCUACGAAUAUACAGUCACGACUCGAACACGGAGCGAAGAUGCCUCAGUAAGUUUGAAAUCAUCGCGAGAGCACGGGAGAUGGGCCGCAGACUACGGCUCAAGACACUAGUGCUCGCUGGGUUGCAAAGCUACAGCUUCUAUGUGGCAUACAACGGGGAGUCGGCGCAUAAUAUUGAGCAACUAGACACUCUAGAUGGUGAGCCGAACUGGAUCAAGAUAUUCCGGCCUACGGUGCGAGAAGGCGGUCAGAUUGUGCUGGUUGAUAGACUUACCGACUAG